GAGGAGGAGAGAAGAAAGGAGAGUGAGGAGAAGGAUAAAGAAGGAGAAGAUGACCACAAAGAAGAGGAGAAACAAACAGAGAUAAGUGAAGUGUCAAGGAGAAAGCGUUCCAGAUCUGAGGACAUGGACAGUGUUCAUUCUAAACGUCAUCGGUAUGUGGGAGAAGAUUAUGAAGCAGAACUCCAAGUGAAAAUUACAGCCAGAAGGGAUGUUGACCAAAAAUUAGAAAAGGUUAUCCAGAGGCUGUUAGAAGAAAAACUUACUGCUUUACAGUGUGCUGUAUUUGACAAGACUCUGGCAGACUUGAAAGCCCGGAUAGAGAAAGUAGAAUGUAGUAAGAGGCAUAAAACUAUGCUUACUGAACUACAGGCUAAAAUCGCUAGGUUGACAAAGCGGUUUGGAGCAGCCAGGGAGGACUUGAAGAAAAGACAGGAAAAUACACCAAAUGCAUCUCCAUCUCCAGGGAAAACAGCAAGCGAGACUGCAACCACUGCAAACACAAGUAGUGCGACAUAUCGAAAUGCUGGCACAGUGAGGCAGAUGCUAGAGUCAAAGAGGAAUGUAGGAGAGAGCACACCAGCAACUUUUCAAGCCCCUGUACAUGCAGCGCCAGCUUCCAGUCUUGCUGCUCCUCCAGCAGUUGUCAGUGGACAUCCUAAGCCUCAGACUCCAGUGACCUCCACCAGCUCUUUGACAACAACAGUUCUUCCUACAGCUAACACAGCUACAGUGGUAGGCACUAACCAAGUGCCCAGCGCCAGCACUCAGUCAGUGUCUGUCUCAUUGCAGUCUUUGCCUGUAAUCUUGCACGUGCCUGUUGCAGUGUCAUCCCAGCCUCAGCUCCUGCAAGGCCACACCGGAACUUUGGUCACUAACCAACAGUCAGGCAGCGUUGAAUUUAUAUCCGUACAUAGCUCAUCUACAGUUGGUGGCCUUACCAAAACUACUACAGUGUCUUUGGCAUCAGCAAACCCAACUAAACCAAAUAACAAUAACAGCCCAUCUGUGCCCAGUCCUGGUGUUCAGAGGAACUCUCCAGCCAGUGCUGGAUCAAUAGGCACAGCGUUAGCAGUACACACUGUUUCUACUGCACAUUCUGUUGCCCAGGCCGCAAGGACUUCUUUGCCCACAGUGGGUACUUCAGGACUUUAUAACACUACCAGCAGUCGAGCUCCCCUACAGAUGAAGAUCCCCAUCUCUGCGUUCAGUAAUACAGCUCCUGUUGAACCACCCGCCAUUCCAGCGCCCAGAGUUGAAAACCAGACAAGCAGGCCACCAGCAGAUACUUCGGCAAACAAGCGAACUGCUGAGGGAACAACGCAGCUCUCAGAACAAAAAGUAGUUCGCUGUGUGCCGUAUACCUGUGGCAUAUUUGAUGGUACAACUUUGAUCAAUUGUUUCGAAAAGCAGUUGAAACAGGAAGAGACUUCAUCAGAAAAUAAAGAAGAAGUAGAAGCAGCACAGACGAAUUUAAACUUCCCCGAGGAUGUUCUCUUUGGCUUGGAGGAAGAGGAAGAGGAUGCUAAGAGCAUCAAAAACACCCACAAGCAGACUGGCUGGGCAGCUAACCUAUUAAAACAAUGGCUGGCCAAAAAUGGCAAGGAUCCUAGCUUUGAAUUGGUCCCAGUAAGUGAACUCAAUGAUAUCUUAAGAGAGUUUUAUUACACAAUAAGGAAUCACGACGGAAACACCUACAGUGUGGCAAGCUACAAGUCAAUGCGUGCUGGCUUAAACCGGCAUCUCAAAAUGCCACCUUAUAAUCGUCAGAUUUGCUUAAUGAAGGACAAAGAGUUUGCUAGCGCAAACACAGUGUUUGUGAGCGUGCUGAAGAUGCUGCGCAUGCAGGGCAAGGAUGAGACUCACCACCAUCCUCCUAUAGCUGCAGAGGACUUGCGUAAGAUUAAACAAUCUGGUGUGCUGGGAUUGCAUAGCCCACUGGCGCUCGUCAACAAGGUGUGGUUUGAUUUGCAGUUGCAUUUUGCCAAACGAGGGAGGGAAAUUUUAAGAGAUCUGGCUCCAGACGCUUUUGUUAUUGAGAAGGACAAGAACGGGCGUCGAUAUGCUAUGUUUAGGUAUCCGGGCAAAGGAAAAAAUGGAGAAGAUCCUCAUAAAAUGGGUAAAAUGUAUGAUAUGCCAGGGGACCCAAACUGUCCUGUUUUUUCCUUGGAGCUUUAUCUGUCUAAGUUGCCUCCGGAGCCCCCUGCCUUUUAUCUGCAUCCAUUAAAGCUAACGUCAGAGCAAAUGCAAGAACAGCCUGUCUGGUACAAAAGAGAGCCCAUGGGUGUGAACUACUUGGGUACCAUGAUGCCCAGGAUAAGUGUGGCAGCCAGGCUCUCUCAACGUUAUACCAAUCACUCUCUCCGAACUACCACCAUCCAGCUACUGUGUGAAGCAGGACUGGGGCCUAGAGAAAUAAUGGCAGUGACAGGCCACCGCUCCGAGUCUGCCAUUAGACACUACUGGGGAGCUGCAGAAGUUCGCUACAGGGCUUGGUCAGAUAUAAUGGAGAAUAACGCCCCCAGUUACCUAUAUAGCAAGAUCCCAAAUGAAGUGAUAAAAGAAUCACUAUCUGGUGCCUCCACCUCUUCUAUAAACCAUGUUGUUCUAGAACAAAGCAAAAGUUUAUUCCCUAAGAAAUCUGUGGUGCCACCUGGUACUAAUUCUGUGACUUUAAUCUCUGAGGGACGCCCAGCUCUGAACUCUAAAAGCCCUGUCCUGGGGAACCACGGGUCUUCCAAGGUGUUUCUCCCCAAGAACGUGGCCAGUGCGAACCUAACUGCUGGUCCCCUUCAAAGCUGUUGUAACAAACCUGUCUUUAUAAAGCAUGUGAUAAAACAAGAACCAAUGACUUGA